UUACUGCUGGAGUAUGAAGUUUCUGUGGAUGACAAGGACAAGUUUGGGAUGAACGCACUGCUUCUCUCUGCCUGGUUUGGCCACCUAAGGAUCCUACAGCUGCUAGUCAAUUCAGGGGCCAAGAUCAACUGUGAGGACAAGAAUGGUCUGAACAUACUGCACUGUGCAGCUCAAAGGGGCCAUGUACAUGUGCUGGAGUUUAUAAUGGAAGAUUUAGAGGAUGUGUCCCUUGAUCAAAUUGAUAAGCUGGAUCGGACAGCUUUCCAUCUGGCGGCUGAGCACGGGCAGCUUGACACUCUGGACUUCUUGAUUGGCUUCGGCUGCGACCAUGGCAUCAAAGACAAGGAGGGGAACACGGCCCUUCAUUUGGCAGCAAAGAAUGGUCACUCUUCGGUGCUCCAGAGGAUCAUAGAGCUUGGGCUGGACCUAGAGGAGAAGAAUAGGGAAGGCUUGACUGCACUGCAUAUGGCAACUGAGGGAGGCCACUUGGACUGUGUACGGCUCCUGAUUCAAGCUGGCAGCAAGGUCAACGCCCAGACUCAGAAGCAAAUGAACUGCCUUCACUACGCUGCCCUUCACGGCUUUGAUGACAUUGCUCAAGCUCUCAUUGACGCUGGGAUCAGCGUAGAUGCCGCAAAUCAUCAAAAUGCAUCUCCCAUCCAUACUGCGGUGCUGAACAACUUCCCUUCUGUGGUCAGACGCCUCAUCGAGGCAGAAAUCGACCUUGAUGUCACCAACAAUAGGCAACAGACACCCCUCCACAUUGCUGCUGAGAAUGCAAGACAAGACAUAGCAGAAAUGAUACUCCUCGCAGGAGUGAACUUAAAUUUGACAGAUAAGCAAGGAAAAACAUCACUGGAUGUCGCUGCUCGUGGCAACCACAUCAGCUUGGUAGAUAUGAUCAUAAAAGCAGAUCGAUUUUACAAAUGGGAACAGGACCACCUCAGAACUGACUCUGACUCUUGGGCUGUGAAACCCUUAACCUUUAAGCAGGACCAUGGGGUGGAAACCCAGCAUAUCCGCUCAGUAAUGUGGCGCUUAGCCACCAAAUACCUCAAGCACAGCGACUGGAAGAAGCUGGCACAUCACUGGGAGUUUACUGAUGCACACAUUCGAGCUAUUGAACAGCAAUGGACAGGCACUAAAAGCUACCGGGAACACGGCCACAGAAUGUUGCUUAUUUGGCUCCACGGUGUAAUCAUGGCAGCUGAAAACCCAAACAAAGGACUCUACGAAGGGCUUGUGGGAAUUGGCAGAAGAGAUCUCGCUGAAAGCAUCAGAAAGAAAGCAAAUGCAGACUCCAGUUCCUCCAAGAAGUGCACAAUGAUGUGAGCUGGCCCAGAGGGAGCUGGUGGAGCAGCCCGCCAGAAAGUAGCUACUGUUUUACGGCUCUGUGGCGCCAUUUCUCACUGACCCUAGAAUCUCGAGAUCAGCAGCAGCGAAGUCCCCUGCCAGUAGCCUCUUCCCCCAGGGUCGGUGCAGGGUUUUUUACUUCUCAGAAACCAGUCACUGUAGACAGCUGCAGGAACAAUUUAUGGGAUACACUGGGCUUUGGAAUCACACAAAACUGACCACUUUGGUUUUAUUAGUGCUGCCUGCUUACCCCACAACUGUUACUAUUUAUAAGCUAGUUUGCCUAUUUUAUAAAAAUUUGGAAGGGAGUGCACUCCUUGUUAAUUGCAAUUUAAGAAUAUGGCUUUUCUGAGUUUUUCUAGAAGAGGACUGGCUAGGACAGGUUGUUAUGAAUUCUCAAGUAUCACAGAUAGUAAAGGCUAGAAAAAAUUACAAAGGCCAUUUUGAAUCUACCAGCUCCAACAUUUUGUAAAAAUCAGAGCAGCACAGCUGUGUAAGAAUUUAGACAUGUGGUCUGAAAAUUACAUAUGUACAAUUUUUGCUUUAUUGCAUAAUAACUUCACAGAGGGAGAUUAAGGGGAUUACUUCUUAGAAGGUAAAUUCAUUGGCAACGAAUUAAACCUUUUUCUGUUGGCAAAAGUUGCCCAUUAGGGCAAAGGUCCAGAGAAAAGAAAGAGACUCAGAGUUUAGAGCUUGAAAGAAUCUUCAACGAAUCAUCUAGUUCAAACCCUCCCUCCCCUUUUUCAUAAACAUGUAAAGAAACUGAUCCCAUGGCUAGUUAGCACAGCAGGGAACAGGAUUUAGGUCCGAUGAACCCUCCAAAUUACAUGUACUUGUGAGGAAAGUGUAUUCUCUCAUAUAUGGUUCCCCCCUCCCCCAUUGCAAUGCAAAAAGACCUCUGGGCAAAAGGGGGAGGGCUAAAUGCAAGCAUAUGGUUUUGCCUUGAGUGCUGGCCAUGUAACCGUAUUCAGACAUUGAGUUCUCUGGGCUAUAUGAGUCAUCAGACAGCACCUAGAUCAUAGGGAAUUCAGAUCUCCUAGUAAGAUGAAUUUUACAAAUGAAAUUUUCUAAUUUUUUAAAGAAGAAAAAGCUAUUAAAUAAAACUAUUUCCUUUAAAUUCAAGACUAACACCUUGGUUGGCGGUUCUAUAGUAAAACUGAGUUGGAAAAGUGAGAAUUAAUUUAUCAAACACAACAGCUACUCUGAACCUCCUCUCAGCUCCACUGACAAGUACUUAUUAGCAGCAUCUAGUUGGGGAGAAAAUGUGAUUCUCAGGUAAAUGUCAGCAGUACUGGCCCAGUGCACUGUUGUGCCUGGUGCUAAGAGCAGCUCUGUCAGCAUUAUUGUUCCUGCUGGCCUUCUGUCCACUAUACCAUUUUAAUUCUUGCUCAGAGAUGACUUUUCCAUUGUAUCCUUGGGCUUUGCAGAAAAUGACACCUGAAUAUAAAUGAGGACCUGUAUAUUUUCCUGCAUUGUCUGUUGUAGUCAUAUUAGUUAUUCCUGAGAGAAAUCCACCACAAUUCACAUUUCCCGAUAGCUGGGGAUUAGUUCUUUAGUUCUCUUCACCUUGUAUUAAUAAAUGAGAAGUCACUGCUUGGGAAAAGCAGAAACCUGUGAGUAACACAAUGAAAACUGUGCAUUAUUCUCAGUGGCUUUCCACAAAAAGGAAGCCUUUUUAGCUUGUGCAAAUGUACAACGUAAGCAGGCUAUCAAAACACAUACCACAGAAGCCAUCAGCUGCCAUUUACCCUCUAGAGCCACCAAGAAAACAGUAAGAACCACCGUGUUGAUCCCUGUUUGAGAAGGCACCAUUGAGAGGCUCAUUUCAUAACUACUGUGGCUAUUUCGCACCAUUUUUAAUCAUGUGCGUGCCCUUUUACCAGACAUGGGUCCCCUCCAUAAUGAUUCUAAAGCAUAAUGUUCUAAUAAGGGGGGAAACAACCUGGCACAAACUUUCCUUUAAUUAUGAGUAGUCUGGUUCCUAAAGUAUGUCCAUUAUAGUAGAAGCAGGUAAGAAGUUGAAAGUCAAAUGUACUCAGCACAACUAUAAUCAACUUCUUCUUGGGCUUAGAUGCCCAGACCUGCUUCUUCAGGUCUGACUCAACCUGGCUGUCUCCCAUUGUUUUCGAAAUGGUAGGCAAGAGCACUUUCCCUCUUCUUUCACAAAGAAAAUAAGUGACAGAAGAAGCAAAGUAAGCCUUUUGAAUGAGUUCUCUCCACAACACUGAUACCACACAUUUCCACUUAAAGACAAAGCCCACCCAUGUGAAUGAUCAUGCUGGGCUCCUACACAGACACAAUUACAAAGAUCAUCUGAUAAUC